ACCCCUGGUCUAACUGAUUGUCUUUUGAAUCAUAGAUGGACCGGAGAUGCCAAUAAUUACAGGACCAGCAUUAGGAGAAACAGGACACAGCGUGACCUUCAACUGCUCAGCUUCCUCUCAGCCUCUCAGCCAGUUCAGCUGGUUCUUCAAUGGCUCCCAGGUGGCAACUGGCUCAAAGUAUGAUACUGGCCCACUGACUUUAGCCAGUCAUGGGGUGUACACCUGUGUGGCCUUCAACAACAUCACUGUCAGAAACAGCACUGUCACCAAGAUGCUCACUGUCGUUGCAACAGUGACCAUGACCAUGGUGAAAGUCAUUGGAGCCCAGCCAAUCCUGAACGAGAGAUUCUCUCUGACCUGUGGCACCGCUGGAACGGUUUACUCCAUUCAGUGGAUGAGGAACGGCUGGCCUCUGUAUGCUGACAACAGAACAGACUUCUCUAUGAACAACAAUACACUGACAUUCAACUCUGUCCAGCAUUCUGACAAAGGAGACUAUCAGUGUUCUGCCUCCAACCCCUUCAGCAACAUGACCAGCCCAUACUACAAACUGAUCGUCAACUAUGGACCGGAGAUGCCAAUAAUAACAGGACCAGCAUUAGGAGAAACAGGACACAGCGUGACCUUCAACUGCUCAGCUUCCUCUCAGCCUCUCAGCCAGUUCAGCUGGUUCUUCAAUGGCUCCCAGGUGGCAACUGGCUCAAAGUAUGAUACUGGCCCACUGACUUUAGCCAGUCAUGGGGUGUACACCUGUGUGGCCUUCAACAACAUCACUGUCAGAAACAGCACUGUCACCAAGAUGCUCACUGUCGUUGCAACAGUGACCAUGACCAUGGUGAAAGUCAUUGGAGCCCAGCCAAUACUGAACGAGAGAUUCUCUCUGACCUGUGGCACCGCUGGAACGGUUUACUCCAUUCAGUGGAUGAGGAACGGCUGGCCUCUGUAUGCUGACAACAGAACAGACUUCUCUAUGAACAACAAUACACUGACCUUCAACUCUGUCCAGCAUUCUGACAAAGGAGAAUAUCAGUGUUCUGCCUCCAACCCCUUCAGCAAC